UUGAAGUGCCGCUUUCUGCCAGCUAGCAAGUUUCUUGAAAAAAUCCCUCGCAUAGUUGUGAGCUCAUCAAAUGUCUUCUUCCUUUAGUUGAUCACAACGACUUCCUAAAACAAAUAUUUAUUAAUACUUUAAUUUCUCUGACAGCUCCAUAAAGGCACGUUUAUCUAUUUAAACGUAUAUUUAUAAAGUCAUUGUGAUCUGUUUAGAUUAGAUUAGCUGUUAACGGGUUAGCUUCAGUUUUGGCUAUUUCACACAGAGAAGGUCCUGUCCAAAAACAUCAUGAGGCUUUACAGUCUGAGUGUCUUGUAUAAAGGUUCAACCAAAGCCAACCUGCUUAAAGCAGCGUAUGAUCUGUCAUCAUUCAGUUUCUUUCAGAGAUCCAGUGUACAGGAAUUCAUGACAUUCACAAGCUCGCUGAUUGUUGAGCGCUCAGCGUUAGGAAGUCGAGCGUCUGUUAAAGAACAAGAGUAUUUGUGUCACGUGUACGUGCGAAACGACAAUCUGAGCGGGGUUGUGAUCGCAGACAAUGAAUAUCCCUCUAGAGUCUGUUUUACCUUACUGGACAAGGUUUUGGAUGAGUUCUCCAAGCAGGUGAGCGGUAUAGACUGGCCUUCUGGAUCACCUGCCACUAUUCAGUACACGGCACUGGACAGUCAUCUUGCUCGAUACCAGAAUCCACGCGAGGCAGAUGCUAUGACUAAAGUACAAGCCGAGCUGGACGAAACCAAAAUUAUUCUGCACAACACAAUGGAGUCUCUCCUGGAGAGAGGAGAAAAACUGGAUGAUUUAGUGCAGAAGUCUGAACAUCUUGGAAAUCAAUCAAAAGCUUUUUAUAAAACGGCACGCAAGCAGAACUCUUGCUGCGAAAUCAUGUGAUCAUAAUGAAAAUCUAUUCAGAAUGGACUCUACUCUUGUUUUCCUUAUUUUCCUCUCUUUCUCUUGAGCCGGUGCGUCCGGCAUGCAGCAGUCAUAGUAAACACACUCACACACACACACGGAGAGAGCCGAUACAACGGUUUACAAUAAAAGGCUUGGGAGGGGACUGAUUUCCCAUAAUGCAGCACACUUGCAGUUUUGAUGUUGUUUGAGGACUUUGUUUUCUUCUGAGUUCCUUGAAGGGUCUUGUGAGCGCCCUGGACCGUUCCUCAGGGUCAAACUCAAAACUGGACUGAAGAAAGCAUGGAGGGGCCUGAGGUUUAUGUCCCCGCUGUGCCUUACUUUAGACAGCAGUGUGUUGAUAUUAAAGAGAUAUUGAGACUGUUCAUUAGCCUUAUAAAUGUAGGACAAGAGUAAACAUGCUGCAGAUUCAAUUAUUCAGCUUUGGCCAUUUUAAAGCGCCUUGUAGUGUAAAGUGAAACUGUAGCGUGAAUUCCUAUUUUUAAUUGUAAACGUGUUUAAUAUUCAUGUGUUCACUUGUAUUUGAACGACUGGAGUGGCUUUGAUUUUUGCAAAUCUUCAAUGUUGUGCACAGUGUGUAAGUGACUGACCAAACUCAAUGUUUCUACAAUUCUGUGUACAGUUUUUGUCUUAAUGUAAAUAAAUAACUGAAUCAUA